AUGGCGUUGCGGAGCUCUGAUCCCGUUGCAAUCCCUCCUCGAGCAAGACUGAAAGAUAAGCAGGAGGACGAGGACGAGGACGAGGACGAGGACGAGGACGAGGACGAGGACGAGGACGAGGACGAGGACGAGGACGAGGACGAGGACGAGGACGAGGACGAGGACGAGGACGAGGACGAGGACGAGGACGAGGACGAGGACGAGGACGAGGACAAGGACAAGGACAAGGAAGAGGAAGAGGACAACUUGUGGAUGAUGUUCCUCAGAAAAGCAAGCUUGCGGAACAAGCUGCGAUUUGAUUCCCUGCGACGAAACCUGAGCCUCACCAGCCUGUGCCACUGA